AAUGCGUUGCAUUAUGGGAAGAUAAUAUGGCUGCUUCCAUGUAGAACGUUUUUCAAGCACAUGAGAUUCAUUUCUACUCCAUAAGUGAUUAAAACUUCACCGUACGCCGAAUUGCUUGGCUGUAUAUUUAUACAAAUAUCUGUUGCAGCUCAACAGCAGCAAUGCCAGUUCCAGUUGGACCAGGUGGUUACAAUCAAGGACCACGAUGUUUCGAUAAAAUGAAGAUGGGCUUCAUGCUGGGUUUCUGUGUUGGGAUGGCGUCUGGUGCUAUGUUUGGUGGCUUCAGUGCAUUAAGGUAUGGCAUGAGAGGCAGAGAGCUGCUCAGCAAUGUUGGCAAAGUGAUGCUGCAGGGUGGUGGAACGUUUGGUACCUUCAUGGCAAUAGGUACGGGAAUACGAUGCUAAUAGAAGCCAUACAUGCACACCUCGCCUGCUGUGAACAAUUGUCCUGGUGGCCAUCUACCCUGUUUUCAAGCUGGAAAAUGGUUUGUGAUUUACAAGAAAGCAUCUAGUGAAUGUAUAGGAUAUGGAGUAUUAAAUCAAAGCGGACGUCCUAGUGCAGGUCCAUCCCUUGCACGCAUAUUGCGCAAGCAGAGCAUGUGUGGGUCAUAUGGGACUCACUUCAUUACUCUGUUCUAAUUCUGGAACUUAUGAAUAUGAAUUCUGAAAGACUAUUGAUGACGUGAACUUCUGAAUGAUCUAUUGCAAAAUAAACACCGAAGAAUAGCUUAUUCCGAAAGAUUACAUUACAGAAACGUGGAUAAAGAUAUAGAAAUAUAAAAAGAUUGUAAAGUGAAAAUAGAUUGCUUGUUCUUGAAUAAUUGUUUUUACGUACCUGACGCUUUUAUUCGUCAUGUGUACAUUAAUCGUGAAUACAAUGUGGUGAGUGUAGAAUAUAGUAGUGUUUUAUGCAUAGCA